AUGUUGGAAGAAGAUGAGGGAGCUGACGUGCUCCUGGACCCAGACACCGCCCACCCCGUCCUCCUGUCCCAGGACCAGAGGAGGGUGGGGCGGGGCCCCUCCAGGCAGAGCCAGCCCGACAACCCCGAGAGAUUCCACUGCAGGCCCGUGUGUCUUGGAGAGGGACAGCUUCCCUCAGGGAGACAUGACUGGGAGGUGGGUGUGGAGAAGGUGACUCUGUGGCCUGGGGUGUGUGCAGACCGUGUGCAGAGGGAAGGGGAGGCCCUGCUGGUCCCUCACAAUGGCUUCUGGGUCCUGGAGCUGUUUGGACACCAGUGCGGGGUCCUGUCCUCUCCGGAGAAGACCCUUCCCCUGAAGGAGUGCCUUCGCCGGGUGGCCAUCCUCCUGGACUAUGAAUCUGGAGACGUCUCCUUUUGUGACAGGAGGGACAGAUCACUCAUCUUCACGUGUCCCCAUUCACUAUUCUCUGGGCCCCUGAGGUCCUUCCUCAGGCUGGGGUCUGAUAACAGCCCCCUCUUCCUCUGCCCAGCAUUCACGAGGGCCCAGGGGCUCACUGUGCCUGAGGGUGGCCUGGUUCUCCAUGGAGCAGGGACCCACCAUAGCCACCAAGGCCAGCACCCUGGUCUCAGAGCCCAGGAGAGAAGCCCUGGCCAUCUCUGCUCACACAGCACAGCACCCAGAAGACUCGGCCCCUCCCUCUGGGAACACCAGAAAACCUGUCCCACAGGCCCGGGACCCCUCUCCUGUCCCAGCCCAUCCCCCCCUCAGGCUGUUGUUCUAGCAGCUGGGCGACCUGUCAGCAUGGGACCUGAGGUGACACCAGACAUUGUGGACUCGGGUGAGGACAGCAGGAUGCACCAGGACCUGAGAGUUCCAGCCAUCACAGCAAAUUUCCAGGUUCAGACAGAUGACAGACAAGGACAGAAGGAUAAUGGACAAGGCCAUUCUGGAUCUGACCUGGCUCAGGUGUCCCUGCAGUAA